GCUACUGCCACCUAGCGCACCAUUCUACUAGUGCCCAUCCUGAAUUGGACAAGACGAGGCCAGAUCGACCUCGCUAUUCCCUCUAUGGUAUCUCGUGUGAGGUUUGGUGCCAGGUGAUUGGCCCAAUGUUUAUUUUAAACAUGGGUAUUCGGCCUACAUCAACAAAUAAGCACAGAGCACACGUGCAGGGCACAGCCAUUGGUAAACGUUGUCGAAUCCCUGACUGAACUAGUCGCGAUGUCAUAUAAAAUGCCCGUCGUCGCCCUUUUCAAAUCGGCGAUGUUUCGCCAGGCAUUGUUAUUGGUAUUACAGCCAUUCCGUCUUCAAGGCGAAAAGAAAAGCGUUCACCUAGCCGAAAGACAAGAUAUUCGUAUACAACAGAAAUGCGGCAAGCAAUUAUCAAAUUAGCUCUAGGUUACCUAGUAGCCUUGGCAGCAGCUUCACCAAUUCGGCGUCGCUCGCUAAAUAACAAUGUCGUCGACGAGUUUGAAAACAUCGAUAGUUUUCCCAAUCCAAGCCCACAGCAGCUCCUCAGUACUGAGCAGCGCGCUCAUGGUACUCUCAGCAACAGCACACCCCCGGCAUCGGUUAACCCAGACACCAUAAUCAGUCUGCAGGUUAUCGCUGCGCAGGAGCAGUUCGAAGCAGCCUUUUUCCAACAACUUCUCACCAAUGUCACCAAUUGUGAGCCAGGCUUUUAUAUAGACGACAUCGACUCUAGGGAUUUCACUAUUAAGGCCCUCACGGCAAUCGUUGCUCAAGAGGAGCUUCAUGCUUUAGAUGCAAUUACCGCUCUCAAGCAUUUUAACCAAGUUCCUGUGGCACCGUGCCUGUAUGAUUUUCCAGUAUCUACCCUGGAAGAAGCCAUCACUCUGGCCCAAACAUUUACUUCCGUGGUGCUCGGCACACUGCAGAAUGUUGUAGUGAAUAUGGGAAAAAAUGGCGAUGCUGCUUUAACGCAGGAUAUUACUUCUGUCAUUGGUCAGGAAGGUGAACAGGAAGGCUGGUUUCGUCUCUUAAACCGCCAAAUCCCGAGUGAACUGCCGUUUCUGACCAACUCGGUACGAGACUUCGCUUUCAAUGCUCUCAACCAGAGUUUUAUCACGCCUGGAUCCUGCUCGAACUUGAAUGAUAUUACUUCAUUACAGAAGUUGCAUGUAAUGCAGCCAUUGAAUGUCGUGAAGUCAUUUAACCCCAGCAAAAAUAAAGACGAGAUCAUUCAAUUGAGCUUCCAGUUGCCGGCUGGGUCUGCAUCUACGGAUUUUGUGGUGGCGUACAUCAACCAACAGAACGUCCCCUUCACACUUCCGUAUACCAAGGUGGACCAAAAGGGAGACGACCUCUUAGUGCAUGCCCCUUUCCCAUACACCGAGCAUAAGCUCAACGGGCUUACAAUUCUCGCUAUUGUUCCCGCGUCUGCUGCUGGAAGCCUGACGUCUAACCAGGCUGUAGCCGACAACACACUAGCAGGACCUGGCUUAAUCAUUGUGAAGUAAAAUGCGGGCCUGUUUCCACGUUUCUUUAUUUCAUGAUGUUUCUCUAGAGUCUAAUUAGCCACCCAAUAAUAGUAAAUAUUAAUCGUACGUUCUAUCCAUGAAAUGCACAUAAGCUUUAUGUACUGGAUAGUCUCAAAAGGUGGAAUUAUUCAAGUUUAAGGUUACAACUCACCGUCCAUAUUGAUUAACAGCCGACUUGAUUUUCAGGGGUGGUUUUUAUCGCAACUGCAUUUACACGUGUUUACUACGCAUAUUAUAAUAUACUACAUAGGUAGAUUCAGAGUCAGGGUCAGUGGCAC